AUGUCCUCAUCAACGCCCAACUCUACUGAUGCAUCCCCAGUAACGCGCAUAGCGACAUUUCGCUUCCUCCCCAAUGUGACCGCGGAGCAAAAGGGCGAUCGCGCAUCUGCCUUUCUCGCGCUGUACGCCGAACAUCCAGAACUGCUGGUCGAAGGGCCGAAGGGAGGGAGGCCACUGAAUACGCCCCUGAACUUGACAAAUGUGAAGCGGGAGAGUGUGUGGGACUUGGGUUUCGUUGUAGUCUUCAAGGAUGAAGCCGCGAGACAGGUGUUUGAUAAAGACCCGACGCACGAUAAGCUAAAGAACGAGACGGACCCGCUGCUCGAGCAGGUGUUUGUGUAUGACUUUGUCGCGCAGCCGAAUUUGGGGUGGUGA